GCGUGUCUAUUGCGUUUAACGUUGACUGUUUGAUUACGCUCGUCAGUUAGAAGUGAUUAUUUAUCAGUGGAUUUUCUACAAAAUCACUUUAAUUCGACGUUAUUUCAUAUGUAUUAAAAUAGUUGUACACUAUGUAAGCGUCUCAGAUUGACUGAAGAAGAAUGGAGAAGAAAUCUGCCUCAGAUUAUGAAGGAGCGGGGAGCUGGUAUAUGAGAGUCUCUAAACUGGCUGUGGCCGUGGCUGUUAUUAAGAUCAGCCCGUCAGGACGAGCCAGACAGUUCGCUGAAUCUCUGGCUGAUCGACUGCGACAGCAGGACGAAGGCUGGAGAUCUAAAGCUCACAGUCUUCAUGAAGAUCUGCUGCGUCUCAGACAAGAGCUGCUUCUCACUCGCGUACUGUUCGAGACCAAGAGGAAUGAUACGCCCGGACAAGGUCAAGAGUUUCCCAGAGUACUCUCUCAGGAUGACCCGCAACAGUUAAAGGCUGACUCUGGCUGUGACACUGAUAAAAGCUCACAAGCACAGAUAUAUGGUGCUCUGGGACAAUGCUUGCCUCCGACCCCGCCAAACAGUCAGAACUUUCCCCUCCACAACAGGAAAUGGCGCCAGGACCACAAGCUGUUAAAACACAUGCAGUUUCUACACUGUCUGAGUGGCUUGCGCGGAGGCUGUGAGUCAUCACUUUAUCUUCAUGGGCAAGUGGUCUGGGAUUCAGUAGUGCAGUUGCUGGAUUCUGUGGUGGAGGUUUUCCGGCAGGCACAUGCUGGACAGCCUCUGGAUCACCCAGAGCAGCUGCUUCAUGCUUCACAGGUGGUGGCACAGACCCUGAGUCGUGGUGGCUGUUCAGUGCAGCUCUUCAGUAAAGUGGAUGAUCUGUUGAAGGAGAUGAUCAACCUACUGCUUAACAACCAACAACUCAAUUUGUUCUCAGUCAAUGACGUGCUGUCCGAGUGCCUGCUGGCUCUGGGAGGAAGUCCCACUGUGAGAACUGCAUUUGUUCAACUCCUAAUGUCUCUGAUCAUUCAGCUGGCACAGCAGCUUUGGGAUGCCUGUGAGAAGUCCAAAGAGGAGCAGCAGCAUCAGCUGGACUGGAUCCGCUAUGAAAAUUCCUUCUAUGUGUUCUGGCUGCUGGAACAUCUUGCCCAGGACAAUGAUUAUAAUGUAAACAAGGAGCUUGUGAUCCAGCUGGAAACCAAAGCAUUCCCUCUUGCAGAUGAGUUCCCCCUGUUCUCUCUGUAUAUGUGGCGGAUCGGAGGUCUCUUCCGGGUGAAAAACACAUGAGCAGAUGUAGACUUGCUGCAGUCUUUCUUAAAAUCGUUGCUCCUUUUACAGGGUUCACUUAACUGUACAUGAAGUGUCUUAAUAAAAAAAUAAAAAAAGUUAAUAAAUUUUA